UUGACUAUGGAUAUUGUGCUUCUGUCAGUGGAAAAAUGUCAUGGGAGCAAGUUUUAAGAUAUGCAAGCUUGCGGAAGAGAUAUAUCUCUCUGUAUGCUUCACUACUUAAAUCUGACCCCACUCAGGUGACAAUUAUUGGCAACAAAGAGAUUGAAGACCUAGAUCGAGAACUUGAUAUUGAACUUAUACUGCAAUGGAGAAUGUUGGCUCACAAGUUUGUGGAAAAAUCAGCAGAGUCAAACCAUAACAUGAGGAAACAGAAAGCUCAGAAGUCUUGGUGGUCAUUUGGAUGGACAAGUCAAUCCCCUAAAGAGGAAAGUGAGGAGUUUAAUUUCAGUGAAGAGGACUGGAACCAGUUAAAUAAAAUAAUAGGAUAUAAGGAGAGUGAUGAUGGGCAAUUGGCUGUAAAUAGCAAGGCAGAUGUUAUUCAUACUUUCCUGGUAGUUCACAUGAAUCAUAAUGCUUCAAAGCUUAUUGGGGAAACCAAAGAGUCGGUUGCUGAAUUAUCAUGUGAAGACCUCAGUUGCUCCAUAAAGCUUUAUCCAGAAACAAAGGUCUUUGACAUUAAGUUGGGCUCAUAUAAAUUAUCAUCCCCAAAGGGUCUUCUUGCAGAGAGUGCAACUUCCCAUGAUUCAUUAGUUGGUGUCUUCCAUUACAAACCUUUUGAUGACAAGGUGGACUGGAGGAUGGUUGCCAAAGCUUCUCCAUGUUACAUGACUUAUAUGAAGGACAGCAUUGAUCAAAUUGUGAAAUUCUUUGAAAGUAAUACUGCUGUCAGUCAGACCAUAGCACUAGAAACUGCAGCUGCUGUGCAGAUGACAAUUGAUGAAGUGAAGCGUACUGCCCAGCAGCAAAUGAACAGAGCAUUAAAGGAUCAUGCUAGGUUUUCAUUAGAUUUGGAUAUUGCAGCUCCCAAGAUUACUAUUCCUACUGAUUUUUGUCCUGACAAUACCCGUGCUACAAAGCUUUUACUGGAUCUAGGGAACUUGAUGAUUCGUACACAGGACAACUAUCAACCGGAAUCAGCUGAGGAUAAUAUGUACCUGCGAUUUGAUUUGGUCUUAAGUGAUGUAUCAGCGUUUUUGUUUGAUGGUGACUAUCACUGGAGCCAAGUUUCUCUGAAUAAGUCAGCCCAUUCUACUAAAAGUGGUUUCUUCCCAAUUAUUGACAUGUGUGGAGUCAUCUUACAGCUUCAACAGAUUCGUUUGGAGAGCCCAUAUUAUCCUCCAACACGCCUUGCAGUAAGGCUUCCAUCAUUGGCCUUUCAUUUUUCACCUGCUCGAUAUCAUCGACUGAUGCAUGUAAUAAAGAUCUUUGAGGAGGAGGAUGGUGAUAACUCUGAGUUACUUCGUCCUUGGAAUCAGGCUGACCUUGAGGGGUGGUUGUCUCUUCUAACUUGGAAGGGUGUGGGAAUUAGGGAAGCUGUGUGGCAGCGGAGAUACUUCUGCUUAGUUGGGCCUUUUCUUUAUGUACUUGAAAGCCCUGACUCGAGAUCUUACAAGCAGUAUACAAGCCUACGAGGAAAACAGGUGUAUCAGGUUCCACCAGAGCUUGUUGGUAAUGUACAACAUGUUUUAGUUGUUUGUAGUCCUACACGAUCCAACAAUAAGGUUGUGGAGGACUCAAAUGCAAUAAUCAUGCGUUGUGAAUCUGAGGAUUCAAGGAAAACCUGGCAUAGUCGCUUACAAAGGGCUAUUUAUUAUGCAUCAAAUACAGCUCCUAUUUCCGGCCUAUCUGAAACCUCAUCCGAUCAUGAUGAUACUGAAUCAGAUCAUGAUAAUCAUGGAAUGAUUGAUGUAGGAAUUGCUGAAAGAUUGUUUGUAACAGGCGUUCUUGAUGAGUUAAAAAUUUGCUUCAGUUAUAGUUGUCAGGCUGAUCAGAGCUUAAUGAAGGUUCUUUUAAAUGAAGAAAAGCGUUUGUUUGAAUUUCGAGCAAUAGGUGGUCAGGUGGAGGUUUCUAUUAGAGACAAUAACAUUUUCAUUGGCACUAUCUUGAAGUCUUUGGAAAUAGAAGAUUUGGUUUGCCGUAGUCAAAGAUGGUCUCAGCCUUGUUUUUUGGCAAGAUCAUAUAUUGGGACUGCUGAUGAAAAUUUGUUAUUCUAUAAUAACAUGAGAGAAGAUGUUGAAAGUGGCGGGGUGAUCCCUACUGAAACUGAUGAUAAGUUUUAUGAGGCACCUGAGACUUUAGUAGACAGUGUUGAUUAUCCUAUGCAAUCUCCUGGAGGUACAUUGAAAUACCCAUCUAGUUCUGCCAGUGAGAUCCAAUUUAAUUAUUCGUCUCUGGAACUCCCAAAAUUUAGUCGCAUUACUGGACUUCUUCCUGGUGACAUUCCUUCUAGUAGGAAGGAGCUUGAACUCAAUGAAACAUUGGAGAGUUUUGUUAAAGCUCAAGUGAUUAUCUUUGACCAGAACUCUGCUCAGUAUAGGAAUAUAGACAAGCAGGUGAUAGUGACUCUGGCUACCUUGACAUUUUUUUGCCGUAGACCAACAAUCCUAGCCAUUAUGGAAUUUAUUAAUUCUAUUAAUAUUGAGGAUGAGAACCUUGCAACUUCUAGUGAUAGAUCUUCAACAGCCAUAAUGAAGAAUGAUGUAUCAAGAGAUGUAGAUGAAUUACAUGCUUCUACCAUUGAGGAACAUACUGUUAAAGGUUUGCUUGGAAAAGGGAAAUCCAGAGUUAUGUUCAAUCUGACAUUAAAAAUGGAACAGGCCCAAAUCCUUUUGAUGAAGGAAAAUGAAACCAAGCUUGCUUGUUUGUCACAAGAGAGUUUGCUUACAGACAUCAAGGUGUUCCCUUCCUCGUUUAGUAUUAAAGCAGCAUUGGGGAAUCUAAAAAUAAGUGAUGACAGCCUGCCUAGCAGUCAUUUAUAUUACUGGGCAUGUGAUAUGAGAAAUCCAGGGGGUAGAUCUUUUGUGGAGUUGGAGUUCACAUCAUUUAGCAACGAUGAUGAAGACUAUGAAGGUUAUGAUUUUAGUCUUUUUGGUGAGCUUUCAGAAGUGCGCAUUGUUUAUCUGAAUCGAUUCAUACAAGAGGUUGUAGGCUAUUUUAUGGGCCUUGUUCCAAAUAGCCCAAAAAGCGUCAUAAAAGUAACAGAUCAAGUGACAAAUUCAGAGAAGUGGUUUGCAGCUAGUGAAAUCGAAGGAUCACCUGCUGUGAAGUUUGAUCUUUCUCUCAAGAAGCCUAUAAUAUUAAUGCCACAGAGGACAGAUAGCCUUGAUUUUUUGAAACUUGACAUUGUUCAUAUAACUGUGAAGAACACAUUUCAGUGGAUUGGUGGAAGUAAAAGUGAAAUCAAUGCAGUGCACUUGGAAACUUUGAUGGUUGAGGUUGAAGACAUCAACUUAAAUGUUGGAACUGGAUCAGACAUAGGAGAAAGCAUAAUUCAGGAUGUGAAUGGGCUAUCUGUGAUUAUUCAUCGGUCACUUCGAGACUUAGCUCACCAAUUUCCUAGUAUUGAAGUCAUAAUCAAGAUUGAAGAGUUGAAAGCGGAAGUGUCAAACAAAGAAUAUCAAAUUAUUACUGAGUGUGCUGUUUCUAACUUUUCCGAGGUCCCACAUAUUCCUCCCUCACUGGAUCAAUAUUCCUCCAUGACAUUAAAUGAUACAUCAGGAGAUAUUGUGCCCGAGGUUACAAAUGGUGUUGAUUCAGAGACAACAAAUGUUGAAGCCUCUGUUAUGCUGAAACUAUCUGUGUCUAUAAAUCUUGUUGAGUUGAGCUUAUAUACAGGGUUAACCAGAGAUGCGUCUCUGGCUACUGUACAGGUCAGCAGUGCAUGGCUGCUGUAUAAGUCCAGUACAGCAGGAAAUGGAUUCCUCUCUGCAACACUACAAGGUUUCAGUGUGUUUGAUGAUCGUGAGGGAGUUGAACAAGAAUUUCGGUUAGCAAUAGGAAAGCCCGAGAUUGUUGGAGCCAGUCCUCUAAAUACUUCUUCAUACAAUCAAAAACAGGACUCAGUGGAUAGUAGCAUAAUUAAGGGAAAUAAUUUUGAUCUAGUUCAAACAAUGCUCAUUGUUGACGUGAAAUUUGGUCAGGAUUCAACAUUUGUUUCUUUGUGUGUCCAGAGGCCUCAGUUGCUUGUUGCACUUGAUUUUCUUCUUGCUGUAGUUGAGUUUUUCGUUCCAACAGUCAGCAGUAUGCUAUCAUUUGAAGAAAAUAGGUCUCCCACGCUGGAAGCUAUCAUCAUGGAUCAAUCAGUCUACAAGCAGACUUGUGCUGAAUUUUCCCUAUCACCUCAAAAACCUUUAAUAGUUGAUGAUGAUAAUUUUGAUCAUUUCAUUUAUGAUGGUGAUGGUGGAAUAUUAUAUUUAAAAGAUAGACAUGGUUUUAAUCUAACAACAGCUAGCUUGGAGGCUAUAAUAUACGUUGGAAAUGGGAAGAAGUUGCAAUUCAGAAAUGUUGUUAUUAAGGGCGGACAACAUUUGGAUUCUUGUGUUUUUCUUGGAGCAAACAGUAGCUAUUCAGCUACAGAGGAUGAUCAUGUCUACUUGGAAGAAUUAGUUGAAAGUCCUCGGUCUAGGUCUUUGAGAGGAAGUGUGGAUGAAGUACCACAUCAGAAUAAUGCAGUUAACAACUCCACAGAAUUGAUCAUUGAACUUCAGGCUGUUGGCCCAGAGCUUACCUUUUAUAACACAUCAAAAGAUGUAGGAGAAUUAUUAAACCUGUCUAAUAAACUUCUACUUGCACAAUUGGAUGCAUUUUGCAGGAUUGUUAUGAAGGGUAACAAUACUGAGAUGAGUGCAGAUGUACUUGGGUUGACUAUGGAGAGUAAUGGAAUCAGGAUUUUAGAACCAUUUGAUACAUCCUUGAAGUAUUCAAAUGCUUCAGGGAGGACCAAUAUACAUUUAUCUAUUUCCGAUAUUUUCAUGAAUUUCACCUUCAGUAUCCUAAGAUUAUUUAUGGCUGUGGAAGAUGAUAUUCUAGCAUUUUUAAGGAUGACAUCGAAGAAAAUGACAAUUGUUUGCUCUCACUUUGACAAAGUUGGAACAAUAAAAAAUCAUCAUACUGAUCAAACUUAUGCAUUUUGGAGGCCUCAUGCUCCUCCUGGUUUUGCCGUACUUGGUGACUACCUGACACCACUAGACAAGCCACCGACAAAAGGAGUUCUUGCAUUAAAUACCAAUUCUGUAUCACUUAAACGACCUAUUAGUUUCAGAUUGAUUUGGCCACCUUUAACUUCUGUGGGCUUUAAAGCUGAAGAAGUAGACAGUUCUGAAUUGUUAUGGAAAGCUGAGGCAGAUGCCAUUUGUUCCAUUUGGUUCCCUGAAGCUCCCAAAGGUUAUGUUGCUCUAGGCUGUAUUGUUACUCAUGGAAAGACGCCACCCCCACUGUCUUCUGCUUUUUGCAUCCCGUCUUCUUUUGUAUCCCCAUGUUCAUUAAGGGAUUGCAUCACAAUUGGCACUUCUGAUAUAUCACCAUCCAGUGUGGCAUUUUGGCGAGUGGAUAAUUCUGUUGGCACUUUCUUGCCAGUAGAUCCUAUUUCACUUGGUUUGAUGGGUAAAGCAUAUGAAUUGCGUUGCAUUAAAUAUGAUUUUUUGAAGCCAUCCUCAGCAGCAUUAAGUAGUCUGGAUUCCCAUGCUCCUUCUGUUGGGCAUCAAGCCUUGCAACCUGACCAGUCUAUUGAUGCAAAUUCUAAUAGGCGUUAUGAGCCUGUUGCUAGCUUUGAGUUAGUGUGGUGGAAUCAGGGAUCAAACUCGAGAAAGAAGUUAUCCAUUUGGCGUCCAGUUGUUCCAAUGGGAAAGAUAUAUUUUGGUGAUAUAGCUGUUAAAGGGUAUGAGCCUCCGAACACCUGCAUUGUUGUUCAUGAUUCCAGAGAUGAAGAUAUUUUUAAAACUCCACUAGAUUUUCAACUUGUUGGACAAAUAAAAAAGCAGAGGGGAAUGGAAAGUAUAUCAUUCUGGCUUCCACAAGCUCCUCCUGGCUUUGUUUCCUUGGGUUGUGUUGCAUGUAAAGGGAAACCUAAGCAAAAUGAUUUUAGCACAUUAAGAUGCAUGCGAAGUGAUUUGGUCGCAGGGGAUAAAUUUUUGGAAGAAAAUGUGUGGGAUACAUCUGAUGCCAAGCAUGUAACCGAACCAUUUAGCAUAUGGGCUGUUGGCAAUGAGUUGGGGACUUUUAUAGUCCGUGGUGGUUUUAAAAGACCCCCUAGAAGGUUUGCUUUAAAGCUUGCAGAUUCUAAUGUGCCGAGUGGCUCAGAUGUUACAGUCAUUGAUGCUGGAAUUGGGACCUUCUCAAUGGCUCUUUUUGACGAUUACAGUGGUUUGAUGGUUCCUUUGUUCAAUAUAUCUUUGAGUGGAAUAACAUUUAGUUUGCACGGAAGAACUGGGUAUUUAAACUGCACUGUUGGUUUCUCCUUGGCUGCCAGGUCAUAUAAUGAUAAGUAUGAAGCCUGGGAGCCUCUUGUUGAGCCAGUAGAUGGAUUUUUAAGGUACCAAUAUGACCUCAAUGCCCUGGCUGCAACCUCUCAAUUACGUUUGACAUCAACUCGGGAUCUGAAUUUAAAUGUUUCAGUUUCCAAUGCUAAUAUGAUCAUUCAAGCUUAUGCAAGCUGGAACAACCUUAGCCAUGCUCACGAAUGUUAUAAAAACAGAGAUACAUUUUCUCCAACAAAUGGUGGAAACUCUAUCAUUGACACACUACAUAAGAAAAAUUAUUAUAUAAUCCCUCAAAACAAACUUGGUCAGGACAUUUUUAUUCGUGCUACUGAAGCUAGGGGUCUCCAUAAUAUAAUUCGGAUGCCAUCUGGGGAUAUGAAGGCUGUGAGAGUUCCGGUGUCCAAAAAUAUGCUAGAAUCUCAUCUGAAGGGUAAACUCUGUAGAAAGAUUAGAACAAUGGUUACAAUCAUCAUAGCAGAAGCACAGUUUCCCCGAGUUGAAGGUUCAGAUUCCCAGCAAUAUACAGUGGCUGUACGCCUUUCUCCUUAUCAGAGCCUCCCUAGCGAUGCAUUGGUUCAUCAACAGAGUGCACGCACACGUGGAAGAAGGGCACAUCAUUUAUUGCCUUCUGAUCUUGAGUUAGUCAAGUGGAAUGAGAUAUUUUUCUUCAAAGUUGAUUCCCUGGAUUACCACUCUUUAGAAUUAAUUUUAACAGAUAUGGGUAAAGGCAUUCCUGUUGGAUUCUUUUCAGCUUCCUUGAAUGAGAUAGCCAGAACUAUUGAGGACAGUUCACAUCCCCAAAAUUUUGUCAAUAAGUUGAACUGGAUAGAUUUGUCUGCAGAAAACUCCAAGGAGGCUUAUUGUAAGAAGCCUUGCAAAUUACAAUGUGCCAUACUAGUGCACAAUUCUGAGGUCGAGAUUAACAAUGAACUAUCUAAUUAUGAUGCCCACAAAUCUGGGUUUAUUCAAAUUAGUCCUAGCAAGGAAGGUCCUUGGACUACUGUGAGGCUAAACUAUGCUGCCCCUGCUGCUUGCUGGCGGUUAGGCAAUGUUGUUGUUGCCAGUGAAGCUAGUGUCAAGGAUGGCAAUAGAUAUGUGAAUAUUCGAUCUCUGGUUUCUGUUCGUAACAACACAAAUUUUGUGCUUGACUUAUGCCUCACUUCAAAAACUUCGUCAGAAAAGGUGCAUUUGCUUAAAGAUUCAAGUAAUUCUGAAUCUAUCCAAACAGAGAGCAACAGAAUUCAGACAGAUGAGUUUUUUGAGACUGAAGAGUUAACUCCACAUAUUGGUUGGGUAAGUUGUUCAGGCUAUUCUGGGAAUCACAUGUCAGACAGAGGAAAAUCUCAGCAGGUUUUUCCUGGAAUUGAUCUACCACCAGGUUGGGAAUGGAUUGAUGAUUGGCAUUUGGAUACAAAAUCUCCCAAUACUUCUGAUGGAUGGAUUUAUGCUCCUGAUGUGGAGAGUUUGAGAUGGCCUGAAUCCUUUGGUCCAAAGGAAUCUUUUAAUUCUGCCAGGCAGAGGAGAUGGCUAAGAAGCAGGAAGCUAAUAGUAGAGGAUCUUAAGCAUGAAAUAUCUGUUGGGCAACUGCAACCAGGAGAAACUGUUCCACUUCCUCUAUCUGGUUUGACACAAUCUGUACAAUAUUUCUUGCAGUUAAGGCCUUUAACUUCACCAACCUUGUGUGAGUACUCAUGGAGUACUGUAGUGGACAGACCUAGGCAAUCAGAAGAUGUUGGUAGGGGAGGUCAAUUCUCAAAUCUGUGGGUUUCAGCUCUUUCAGAGUCGGAGGAACUGUUGUGCUGCAGUGAGAUUCAUGGCACCUCUGGUGGCUCCCAUAAGUUGUGGUUUUGUGUAAGCAUACAAGCAACUGAAAUUGCUAAAGAUAUUCAUUCUGAUGCCAUUCAGGAUUGGUGUUUAGUGGUCAAGUCACCUCUAACAAUUAGCAAUUUUCUUCCCCUUGCUGCUGAAUAUUCUGUUCUUGAAAUGCAAUCAAGUGGCCACUUUCUUGCAUGUUCUAGAGGAGUAUUUUUAUCAGGAAAAACUGUACAGAUAUACAAUGCUGAUAUUAGGAACCCUCUGUUUUUGUCUUUGCUUCCACAGAGGGGUUGGCUUCCCAUACAUGAAGCCGUUCUUAUAUCCCAUCCUCAUGAGAAUCCAUCAAAAACAAUUAGUUUGAGAAGUUCGAUAUCUGGAAGGGUGAUCCAAAUCAUUCUUGAGCAGAACUAUGACAAAGAGCACACCUUGCUGGCUAAAACAAUUAGAGUCUAUGCUCCUUAUUGGUUAGAAAUAGCUAGAUGUCCUCCACUUACAUUUAGGAUUCUAGAUAUGUCAGGAAAAAGACAUAUGCCAAAGGUUGCUGCUCAGUUUCAGACUAACAAGAAAAAUGGAUUAAUCCUUGAAGAAAUAACUGAAGAAGAAAUAUAUGAUGGUUACACAAUUGCAUCUGCUCUAAACUUUAAUAUGCUGGCCCUUUCAGUGGCUAUUGCCCAAUCAGGAAAUGAGCAUUUUGGACCUGUUACAGAUCUUGCUCCUCUUGGUGAUAUGGAUGGCUCUUUGGAUAUAUAUGCAUAUGAUGGUGAUGGCAAUUGCUUGCGGCUUAUUAUUUCUACAAAACCAUGCCCCUAUCAGUCUGUUCCGACAAAGGUAAUUUCUGUUCGGCCGUUUAUGACUUUCACUAAUAGACUUGGUCAAGAUAUAUUUAUCAAAUUGAGCACUGAAGAUGAACCAAAGGUUUUGCAUGCUUCUGAUUCAAGGGUAUACUUUGUGUGUCGUGGAAUUGGUGGACCUGAAAAACUCCAGGUAAGACUAGAUGGUACCAGUUGGUCAUUUCCUCUUCAAAUUGUAAAAGAAGACACAAUCUCCCUUGUUUUGAGGAUGAAUGAUGGUACUAUCAAAUUUUUGAGGACUGAAAUUCGUGGAUAUGAAGAAGGAUCCCGUUUUAUUGUUGUAUUCCGCCUUGGGUCAACUGAUGGUCCUAUCAGGAUUGAGAACAGAACAGCAGACAAGGCACUUAAAAUUCGUCAGUCUGGAUUUGGUGAAGAUGUUUGGAUUCAGUUGCAACCUCUAUCGACAACUAACUUUUCUUGGGAAGCUCCAUAUGGCAAUAAGUUUUUAGAUGCUAAACUUAGUGAUGAUGAUAGCAAUACAAUUUGGAAACUUGAUUUGGAAAGGACUGGAUUAUCUUCUGCAGAAUUGGGAUUGCAAUUCCAUGUGAUAGAUAGGGGAGAUGUAAUAAUUGCAAAGUUUACUGAUAAUAGGAUACCAAGCUCAAGUUCAUAUGAAGAAAUUAGAGGCCUAAUGUCUGCUGGCAAAGGGGGAGCUUCUGGUGUUCAAGCUGAGAUGCAGAGCAGUGUUACUCCUUUUGAGUUCUUGAUUGAGUUAGGGGUGGUUGGAAUUUCUUUGGUGGACCAUAGACCAAAGGAGCUAUCCUACUUAUACUUGGAAAGGUUGUUCUUAACAUAUUCAACUGGCUAUGAUGGUGGAAAGACAAGCAGGUUCAAGCUCAUAUUUGGUUAUUUGCAACUGGACAACCAGCUCCCUCUAACAUUGAUGCCUGUGCUCUUGGCACCAGAGCAGAUCUCUGAUGUGCAACACCCGGUAUUCAAGAUGACAAUCACCAUGCAGAACGAGAAUAAAGAUGGAAUUCAAGUUUACCCAUAUGUUUAUAUACGAGUAACUGACAAGUGCUGGAGGCUUGAGAUUCAUGAACCUAUUAUUUGGGCUAUCAUGGACUUUUACAACAACCUGCAGCUAGAUCGCUUACCCAAAAGUUCAACUGUCACUGAAGUUGAUCCAGAGAUACGUUUUGACCUAAUAGAUGUUUCAGAAGUAAGGUUGAAGUUUUCACUGGAGACAGCUCCAGGACAAAGGCCUCAUGGGGUCCUAGGCAUAUGGAGUCCUAUACUUUCAGCUGUGGGAAAUGCCUUCAAGAUCCAGGUGCAUCUGAGGAGGGUGAUGCACAGAGACAGAUUCAUGCGGAAAAGUUCUAUUGUUCCAGCCAUUGGAAAUCGUAUUUGGAGAGACUUGAUUCAUAAUCCUUUACAUUUAAUAUUUUCAGUGGAUGUACUAGGUAUGACAAGUUCAACAUUGGCUUCUAUUAGCAGAGGGUUUGCUGAGCUUUCCACAGAUGGACAAUUUCUACAAUUACGAGCAAAGCAGGUAAGAUCAAGGAGAAUCACUGGGGUUGGGGAUGGCAUCAUUCAAGGAACAGAAGCUCUUGCCCAAGGUGUUGCCUUUGGUGUCUCUGGCGUAGUGAGAAAGCCUGUUGAGAGUGCCCGACAGAAUGGUAUUCUAGGAUUGGCUCAUGGGCUCGGACGUGCCUUUUUAGGUUUCAUUGUGCAACCUGUAAGCGGGGCACUUGAUUUUUUCUCAUUGACUGUUGAUGGAAUUGGUGCAAGUUGUUCCAAAUGCUUUGAGGUUUUCAACAGCAAGACUUCAUUCCACAGAAUUAGAAAUCCUCGGGCUGUACAUUCUGAUGGGAUACUAAGAGAAUAUUGUGAGAGAGAAGCUAUUGGGCAGAUGGUGCUUUACCUUGGAGAGGCAAGUCGACAAUUUGGCUGUACUGAGAUUUUCAAGGAACCUUCAAAAUUUGCAUUGUCUGAUUAUUAUGAAGAGCAUUUUACUGUGCCUCAUCAGAGAAUUGUUUUAGUAACCAAUAAACGAAUCAUGCUUCUGCAGUGUCUUGCUCCUGACAAGAUGGAUAAAAAACCUUGCAAGAUUAUUUGGGAUGUACCAUGGGAUGAGUUGAUGGCACUAGAGUUGGCAAAAGCAGGCAGUUCCCAACCUUCUUUCUUGAUCCUCCAUCUGAAACAUUUCCGCAGAUCUGAAAAUUUUGUGCGAGUUAUAAAAUGCAAUAGUGUGGAAGUGUUUGAAGGAAGAGAACCCCAAGCCAUUAAGAUAUGUUCAGUGGUGCAUAGAACAUGGAAAGCUUAUCAGUCAAAUGCGAAAAGCAUGAUUCUGAAGGUUCCUUCAAGUCAGAGACAUGUGUAUUUUUCCUGGACUGAAGUGGAUAGUAGAGAACCACGAACCCACAAUAAGGCCAUUAUUAGCUCUAGAGAUAUGUCAUCAUACAGUACUGCAUCUGAUGACAGGCGCUUUGUCAGACACAGCAUUACUUUUUCAAAGAUUUGGAGCAGUGAACAAGAAUACAAAGGUCGGUGCUCAUUAUGCAGCAGAAAACAGAUAUCUCAAGAUGCCAGAAUAUGUAGCAUUUGGAGACCUGUGUGUCCUGACGGUUAUAUAUAUAUUGGAGACAUUGCUCGUGUUGGUAUCCAUCCUCCAAAUGUUGCUGCUGUUUACCGCAAGAUUGAUGGGUUUUUUGCUCUCCCGAUGGGAUAUGACCUGGUGUGGCGAAAUUGUUCGGAAGAUUAUGUUUCUUCAGUAUCAAUUUGGCACCCACGGGCUCCAGAUGGAUUUGUGGCUCCUGGAUGUGUUGCCGUUGCUGGUUAUUCAGAACCAGAGCCUGAUCUUGUGUACUGUGUUGCCGAGUCACUUGUUGAGGAAACAGAAUUUGAAGAUUUGAAGGUUUGGUCUGCACCUGACUCAUAUCCAUGGACCUGUCAUAUUUAUCAAGUAAAAAGUGAUGCUUUGCAUUUUGUUGGUCUGCGACAAAGCAAGGAAGAUUCCAACUGGAAGCCUAAGAGGGUCUGCGAUGACCCUCACUGUCAGUUGCCAUCACCAUAGUCUGAAAAGUGUUAACCUCCGUUCUGAUUUCUUGGAGUGUGCCAUUCGAAAGAAGACAGUAAUGUAAGUUGGUUGAUAAUCGGGAAGACAGUGAUGGAACUCGGAUUGGGAUGAUGUAUAUUCUCUGAUUCUGCAGUACAUUGUCUUAAAAGCACCAGGUGGAAAACCCCACGCACAUGCAGUUUAUCUACAUAUCCUUUGUGUUUGUGCUGCGAAGAUGCGUUGGCAUUUUCUUUUACAAAAGCCACCUGCGUGAUUCCAAGAGAUAGAAUAUUACAUGGUUGGUAACCUAAACAAAGACUCGCCACAGGGGUCUAUUUUAAGAUUCGCAGAUUUUAUGACGUACUUCGAACAUUAAAUUUCGUGGCAGAAUUGACAGACUGUGCACAAAAAUUGUGUGUAUAGCCUUUUCUUGCUUGAUUUUAUUCUUAAAUCAUGUUUUUGUAUUAGAUAAAUCAUGUUGUAGAUUAAAAUAAUCAAGUUGUUUAAUAAGCGAUCUGUUUUUGGGUCCUCCUGCAUUGGGUAUUCGGAAGUUAAUUUGGACUGUUAGAUGAAUGGGAUCAUGUUUUUGGAUAUGAAUUUUCUUUUCUAA